GUCGCUAGGUCGAAGUAAAUCGUGGACGCAGUUGUCUUAGGCACGUGCGCGUCUGUUUGUCUUUUAACAUCCGAUAAUAAAAUAUAAGUAAUUAGUUUUUGUGAGUGUAGAGCAUCAUAAAUCCUCGAAAUUCGCCCUCAAUGAUCACUUUGAAAUUAUAAAAAAAUGGUUCGACACAACAAUCAACUGCCGGACAAUCUCCCCCAGCUUCAGAAUCUCAUAAAACGUGAUCCUGAAUCAUACAAGGAAGAGUUCUCCCAGCAAUAUAAUCAUUACAAAUCGACAUUGGAAGUAUUUCGUCUUACUCCGGACAAAUUCAACAAGAGUCUCGAUGAACUCCUCAUGUUCCUAGCCCAGGUCGCCCACUGCUACUCGGACGAAUUGGUAACAUAUCCUCAAGAGAUUGUAGAUAUCCUGAAGACGCACAAUACUGUUCUUGACAAUGAUAUGCGAAUGACAUUCUGCAAGACGCUCAUUCUCCUCCGGAACAAAGGCCUUCUGGAGCCUACAGUCCUCCUGAGUCUCUUCUUCGAGCUCCUGAAAUGCCAAGACAAAGCCCUCCGCCAAUUCCUCCAGACCCACAUAAUAACCGACAUAAAAAGCAUCAACUCAAAGCAAAAAAACACAAGAGUAAACACAAAUCUCCAAAACUUCAUGUUUACAAUGCUGAAAGACACCAACGCCCGGGCGGCCAAGAUGUCUGCCGACAUAAUGAUAGAGUUGUACAAUAAAAAUGUCUGGAAUGACUCGAAAACCGUCAAUGUCUUGGCAACCGGUUGUUUCUCGAAGAUCACCAAGGUCAUGGUGGCCUGUCUGAAGUUCUUUCUGGGUACUGACCCAGAAGAUGGUAAAAAUUCAGACGAUAGUGAUUCAGAAGACGAUACACCAAACGUCAAAGACGUCUUGAUGGCGAAUAAAGUCAACAAGAAGACGAAGAAACGAGAGAAGCAGUUGAAGAAAGUAAAACAGCUGUUUGUUAAAUCGAAGAAGAACAAAUCGAAGGCACCGCAGUUUAAUUUUUCAGCCCUCCACCUGGUGCACGACCCCCAGGGCCUCGCUGAGAGGCUCUUCAAGCAAUUGGACAAGAACAACGACAGAUUUGAGAUUAAACUCAUGACUCUGGACGUUAUUUCGAGACUGAUUGGUCUUCACAAUCUGUUUCUAUUGAAUUUUUAUCCAUAUCUUCAGAGAUUUCUGCAGCCACAUCAGAGAGAGGUGACGAAACUCCUGCAAUUCGUUGCUCAAUCGUCGCACGAGUUGGUACCCCCCGAAGUACUGGAGCCUCUGUUGAAGACACUUGUGAAUAAUUUCGUGACCGAGAGGAAUUCAGCGGAUGUUAUGGCCAUUGGACUUAACGCAGUCCGAGAAAUUUGUGUGCGUUGUCCACUGGUGAUGAAUGAAGAUCUUCUCCGAGAUUUGGCGCAGUACAAGAACUACAGGGAGAGGAGUGUCAUGAUGGCGGCCAGGUCUCUUAUAUCGUUGUUCCGGCAGACGAUGCCGGAGUUAUUGCAUAAGAAGGACAGGGGAAGGCCAACCGAAGCCACUGUUGCUAUUGAGAGUCUCAAGUAUGGAGAGGUUGCUGCCAAGGAUUAUGUUCCUGGGGCUGAUGUGCUUUUGGAUGAACAGAAGGGAGGUGGAAGUGACAGCGACAGUGACGAUGAUGAUGAUGAUGAUGAGGAUGGGAAAUGGAUUGAUGUUAAUCAUUCUGAUGAGGAGGGAGAAGAUGAGGAAGGUGAUGGGGAUGAUGAAGAAGAAGACGGUAGUGGAGAUGAAGAUGAUGAGGAAAUCGAGAGUGAUGAUGAUGAUGAUGAUGGGGAUGAUGAGAAGGAUGAUGAAGAGGGAGGUGAUGACAAUGGAGAAAAGAAACCCACAGGCAAGGCAGUUCGAAAAAUACUGAAGGCGAAAAAACGAACAAAGUUGGACAGGAAGAGGGAUAAAAUGGAGAGACUAGCGAGGAUGAAGAAGACGAAAAAGGUGGAGCUGACGGCUGAGCGAAAAGCACAAGCUGCGCAGAUAUCAGUGGAUCGAUUAUUGACUGAUGAAGACUUUAAGAGAAUUGAUACUGCUCUUGUGAAGCAGCAGGUAACACACGCGAAGAGGGGGGUGAAGAGACCACUUCAGGAGGAGACUCGUGGGGAGCUCGUUAAACUUGGGGAUAUUGAAAAUAUUUUUAAGAAGAGGAAACACGAUAAAAAUGCUCGUUUGGAUUCUGUGAAGAAGGGGAGGGAUGAUCGUGAGAAAUUUGGGUAUAAGGAUGGCCGACAGAAUCCCCUCUGCAGUAAGACCAAUCGAGAGAAGAAGAAGACCAAAGCCUUCCAGAUGAUCAAGCACAAGAUCAAAUCGAAAACGAAGAGAUCGUUUAAGGAUAAACAGAUUGCUUUGAGGAAUCAUUUGAUUAAACAAAAACGAAUGAAAUAAUAUUUGUUGGUGAUUUUUUGAAUAAAUUUUUGUUCAUUA